CUUGUUUGGAUCUCUUAGAGAGAGGUUUGCGGCAAGAGUUAGCACCUCAGAUUGGGGUGAAACGAACUUACCUGCCUCCAGCCUGUUAUACAUUGUCUAGGGAGGAGAAGAUAAGAUUUUGUACGACAUUGUCAAAACUCAAGGUGCCAGAUGGGUACUCUUCAAAUUUGAGAAACAUUGUCUCCAUGCAAGAUUUGAAACUAUAUGGUUUAAAGUCACAUGAUUGUCAUGUAUUGAUGCAACAAUUACUACCUGUGGCUAUACGAUCUGUAUUGCCUAAAGAAGUGAGAUAUGCUCUUACGAGAUUCUAUUUCUUUUUCAAUGCCAUUUGUAGCAAAGUGGUGGAUGUGUCAAAAUUAGACAAAAUUCAAAGUGAGCUGGUAAUCACAUUAUGUUUGCUUGAGAAGUACUUUCCACCAUCAUUCUUUGAUAUCAUGGUUCAUCAGACGGUGCAUCUUGUUAGAGAAGUCCGACUUUGUGGACCUGUUCACUUUCGAUGGAUGUAUCCAUUUGAAAGGUUCAUGAAGGUUUUAAAGGGUUACGUUCAUAACCAUAAUCGUCCAGAGGGUUGCAUUGCUGAGAGAUAUAUUGCAGAAGAAGCUGUUGAGUUUUGCGCAGAAUUUUUAUCCAAAGUAGAUGCAAUUGGGGUUCCCAUUUCUAAGAACAUGACCGCUGAUGAUAGCAUCGGAAGACCUUUACCAGGGGAUAAGGUUACUGCUAUUGAUCGUGAAUUAUGGGAGCAAGCACACCUCUAUGUAUUAGAAAACACAACUGAAGUUCAACCUUAUAUUGAGGAGCACAUGGCUUUGCUGAAAAGACAGUAUCCUCAUAAUUCAAAAAAUCAAAAGUGGCUACAACUUGAACACAAUAGGACAUUCAUAUAUUGGCUUCGUGGGAAGGUUGUAGAAGAAUUGAGUGCCCAACAUAAUAUAUCUCACAACCUGAAGUGGAUAGCCCAGGGACCUUCCUUGGAUGUGAUAAAGUAUUCAGGCUACAUUAUAAAUGGUAGUCGUUAUCAUACAAAGGACCGUGAUAGCUCACGAGUUAGCCAAAAUAGUGGCGUUAGCUUAGUGGCAACAGCAAUGCAGGUUGCUAGUUACAAGGAUAAGAAUCCUGUGUAUGCGGAGAUGAGCUUUUAUGGGGUUAUUACUGAGAUAUGGCACCUUGAUUACAAUCUGUUGAAAAUUCCAGUGUUUAAAUGUGAUUGGGUUGAUAGCAAAAAGGGCGUAAAAGUGGAUGAGCUUGGUUUCACACUAGUCGAGCUUGGAAGGAUAGGCCACAAGUCUGAUUCUUUUAUUCUAGCUUCCCAGGCUAAGCAAGUUUUUUAUGUAGAAGAUCAACUUGAUUCAAGGUGGUCAAUUGUCCUUGAAACUCCUCAGCAUCGGUAUCUGUCCAGCGUGGAUGAUGAUCUCAAUGAUUGUUUUGUCGAGCCUCAGGGAUUUGAUAGAGUAUUGCCAGAAGUUGAAUCAUUAGAUGAAACCGACGAUCUUGUGUUACCUCCUGUGCGGGGAGAUUGUGAAGGAAUGUGGAUCGAUAAUUAGUGAUUAGUAGUCAAAAUAUCUCUAUCUUUUUGUAGAGGACAUAUGAGAUUAUUCUAUGUUGUUCUUUAAUUGUCAUAACUUGGUUUUCUCCCCCUCUCGCUAUAUGUUUGUUGAAAUGCUAAAAGUUAAUUUCUAAUUUUGUCAACUUGGAUAGAAUUACUAUAGAUGUCUGUGUUUAGUUUUUGACUGUUAUAUGCUUUUAACUUAUGCUUGUACUUUUUGCUAGUUUCUUUUAUUAUUGUCUCUAUAAUCAUCAUAUCUUAUUUUCUUUCAAUU